UUGCUGCUUUUAAUUCUAGGCACAUUCGCGGAGGAAUUUACCAUCCAUCAUCUUUCCUUCUUCAGCGGCGUCGACGCUCUUCCCGAUUUAUUUUAACUUCACUAGCUGUACGGUUUUGUACAAAAUCUAUUCUGUCUUUUGAAAAUAUACAAUUGCGCUGAAAUUUGUUUUCCCUGAUGAUAUGGAUUAAUUUGUUGAUGCCUACAGAAAUUGCCUGGACACAAUUGUUCCACCUGACCAUGCAGAAAACCCCGGGGAUAACAACACACUGCAAGGAUUAGUGUAGUUCAUAAAGAUCGCUGCUUUUUGUAUACACAUCAUAUUUUUUUAUACCGGAAUCGCUUUAUUAAAUUAUAGCCGGUUUUUCUAAGAAAAGGAACAAGGAAGAAAGGAAAGAAGGAAACCCUCAAGCAGAGUCAUGUCCUUCAGGAGGGGUGUUGUCAGGCAGAGUAAGUUCAGGCAUGUGUUUGCCCAGGCUUGGAAGGCUGAGCACUGCCUCGAUGAUGUCAGAGUAUCACGCGUGACAUGGGACGGUCCACUGUGCGCCACCAAUCCCAAGUUCAUUGCUGUUGUCAUUGAGGCCGGAGGAGGCGGAGCCUUUCUUGUGUUACCACUCGCCAAGAGCGGUCGAGUGGACCAGAACACCCCGACCGUGUGCGGUCACGCGGCUCCGGUGCUGGAUGUGCAGUGGUGCCCACAUGAUGACAAUGUUAUUGCCAGUGCCUCAGAGGACUGCACUGUCAAGAUUUGGCAGAUUCCUGACGGAGGUCUGACAUCUCCCAUGUCUGAAGCAGUUGUGACUCUCGAGGGCCACAGUAAAAGAGUGGGCAUCCUGGCCUGGCACCCUUCUGCUCUCAAUAUCCUGUUGACUGCAGGAUGUGAUAAUGUCCUGUGUGUGUGGGAUGUGGGCACCGGGGAGCUGGUGUACCAGCUGAGUGACGCCCAUCCAGACCUGAUAUACAGCGUGAGCUGGAACCGCGAGGGCAGCGUCCUGUGCACCACCUGUAAAGACAAAGCCUUACGAGUCAUUGAUCCCCGGCGUGGAACAGUCAUUAAGGUGCGGGAGAAGGCUCAUGAGGGCACCAGGCCGAUGAGGGCCGUGUUUCUGGCUGAUGGGAAAAUCCUGACAACCGGCUUCAGUCGCAUGAGCGAGAGACAGCUCGCCCUCUGGGACACGAGGGAUCUUUCUGAGCCAAUGGUUUCUCAGGAAAUAGACACCAGUAACGGAGUUCUGCUUCCAUUCUAUGAUCCAGACACCAACAUGGUUUACUUGUGCGGCAAGGGAGAUUGUACUAUUCGUUACUUUGAGGUGACAGAUGAGUCCCCGUAUGUUCAUUUCCUGAGUCUGUACAGCAGUAAGGAGCCGCAGAGAGGUGCUGGUUUCCUAAGCAAACGAGGAGUAGAUGUCAACAAGUGUGAAAUAGCAAGGUUCUACAAACUGCAUGAGCGGAAGGUCGAGCCCAUAUCUAUGACUGUGCCGCGCAAGUCCGACCUGUUUCAAGGGGAUCUGUACCCAGAUACGGCAGGAUUAGAGCCCGCUCUUCAGGCAGAAGAUUGGAUAGCAGGACAGGACGCUCCUCCAAUCCUUGUGUCCCUGAGCGGAGGCUACACGGCCCCUCCAUCCAAAUGUGGCACGCUCCGGGGUCGACCCAAACUGCUCUCUCAGACCAACACUAGUCCCACAAGCACCACUGCGCCAGCAAACCCUAUGGCUGUUGAGCUUGAGAGUGAGGGCUUGGGCCACGGACAAGGAAGAAGGGAUGUAGAUGGAGGCAUAGAGAGAGUAAAGAAAGAGGAGGACCAACUUUCUGAUAUCCUGACAGAGAUUCGGGCGUUGCGUGCUCUGGUUCUGGCUCAGGGUCACAGGAUCGACGUCCUGGAAAGGCAACUCGCCCGUAUUGAGGAUGGAGAAGUGUGAAGGAAACUACAAACAUAUCACAACACAUAGCCUUACCCAGAUUCAGAAAGCUUCACUGAAGGGUUAUGGGAAAUGUAGUUCCAUUGCUGUGGCACAGAGAUAGAAAGACAAUUGAGCUUUGAGUUUUGAGCUUUAUCGGUACACUUUGGGUUUUAAUGCACUGAUAUUAAUAUCCUAACUGCUGCUCAUUUUGUGCUUUUUAAUAGGGCUGUUAUAUCAGGUACUUAUUACUGCUAACUACAGUUUUGAAGUCUAAAUUUGGUUGGGUCAAUAUUUGCAUAAACAUGCAAACUUUAAAUAAAAAGCAGACUUUAUAAUCUCUUGUAGCCUCAGCAUAUAUAAAUGCUUUUACUUAAUUAAUGUAGUUUGAAUCUAAAACCUUCAGGAAAUGUAAUAAUCCAACAUGCUGAAUUGAUUGCUUUCUUUCACUAAAGUUCGAUGGUGUAUAUUGACCAACACUGUUCUUGGGUUUAGCUGCCCUCUCUUCCAUUUGUAUGGCAUAACAUACGUAGCAUUGAUUUUGGAUGUUGUUAAAGUUUAAUUAUGUGGAUAUGUGAGUAGCAUGUGAUAGAAACUGUACUUGGUGUUGAAGGAAUUUGUGAGCUUUCAUUUCAAUAUAAUGAAGAAACUUUAUAGCAAGAGUUUCCGAAAUGAAAUGCAGGUCUUAUAGGAAGAAAAAUGUCCAGGUCGAAUUUCACCCAAAAAUAUAAUACGAUUUUUAGAAUAAGAUUUUUAUU